AUGGAUCGAUGUGCAGCAGCCAGAAUGAAUAAUAAGAGUUUAGGCUCAGAUUUGGAGAUAGAGAUACUACUUCAUCUGCCAGUGAAAUCGUUGAUGCGAUUCAAAUGUGUUGAAAAAUCAUGGAACAUUCUGAUCAAAAGUCCCUCUUUUGUGAAUAGGUGGAGGCGUCACAAUUCUAAAUACGAUAAAGGCCAUAGUCUCAUGAUCUAUCACAGACCCAUUGAUGGAUUCAAACCUCCCUACAUCACUCUUCUCUCCUGCGAUGGUGGCGAGGAGUUGGAACAUAUCUACUUCUGCUCCCUCUUUCCUGGUGAUCAAUUCGUAGACCGAAUUGAAACAUAUGGCAAUUGCAAUGGUGUUUUCUUCUUAAAAGCUUUUUAUAGGAAUUCAACUCUUGGUCACUUGAUUCUAUGGAACCCAACAACUAAACAGGUCCACCUUAUACCCCCUGCACCCUCAUUCUGUCACUCUAAGUAUGAUGAUUCCCUGUAUGGUUUCUGUGCAUUUAACGACGACUGUAGCAUUAAUUUCAAAGUUGUUAGACUUCAACAAUGUGCACAUGUUGAGAAGAUGAUUAUUCCUUCAGGCGCAGAAGUGUAUGAUCUAAGCACUAAAUCAUGGACCCCUGUCCAUCACCCUCCAUCUUUUAACCGCAUCCCAGUUCGAUACAAUCCAUCAUAUACCCCGGUUGUUAACUGUGUUUAUCAUUGGAUUGUUACUGUCGAUUUGUAUACUACUUCAAACAUCAUCUGCUUUGACUUUCACAACAAUCAGUUUCACCAACUCAAAGCUCCCUGUCGGCAUGUUCAACAUUCUAGCGAAAAUAUCGCUGAGAUCAAGGGCUCCCUUGCUUAUAUUUUGGAGUAUCAUCAUCCUAGUCCGACCCAGUUGGAAAUCUGGAUUAUGGAUCAGAACCGGUGGACCAAAAUUUACAACAUUGGGCCAGUUCCGUGGACAUGUUGCAUAAGUGAUUUCUGGAAGGAUGGCGAUCAAGUCUUUGGAGGAAAGGUUGGAAAGUUGCUGGCAUCAUAUGACGAUCAAGGCAACUCGCUCAGCGAUUUUCAAAUUUAUGUUUUGAAUUACUAUAGAUGUUUAUGGGGUUCUGAGUAUUUACAGAGCAUAACUCCCUUGUCAACCUAG